CCAUUUUGUUGACUCUUCACCAUGGCGAGCUUCACACAUCGCUGGUUUUAAUUCUAGGCACACUGGCUUAGGAAUUUUAGCAUCCGUCAUCUUUUAUUCUUUACCGUAGUUGACGUUUUUCUGAUUUAUUCAGAAUUCCGGAAAUCUUUACUGUAAGAUUUUGAACAACAACCGUUUGCGUCUUCAGAAAAUACACAGUUGUUUAUUUAUUUUACGCAAUAAUUUGUAUUAGGUUUUUCGUAAAUGGUUAAAUGGUCUGGAUAUUAUUGUUCCACCUGACCAUGCAAAAUAUACCGACGAUAACAACACAGGAUUAGCGUCAUUUAAACGGACCAUUGUCAUUUUGUAUCCCGAAUCGCUUUUUUUUCCCUAAGAAGCACAUUUUAUCAAUAUAUUAAAAGAAAUAAAGAUAGAACGAAAGAAACAAAUACGACGGAAUCAGAAGAAAGAAAAUCUCAAGCAGAGUUAUGUCCUUCAGGAGGGGUGUUGUCAGGCAGAGUAAGUUUAGGCAUGUAUUUGCCCAAGCAUGGAAGGCUGAGCAUUGCCUUGAUGAUGUCAGAGUAUCACGUGUGACAUGGGAUGGUCCCCUGUGUGCUGUCAAUCCGAAGUUCAUCGCUGUCGUCAUUGAGGCUGGAGGGGGCGGAGCCUUUCUUGUGGUACCACUUGCCAAGAGUGGUAGAGUGGACCAGAACAUCCCGACAGUGUGCGGUCACGCUGCUCCAGUGUUGGAUGUGCAGUGGUGCCCACAUGAUGACAACGUUAUUGCCAGUGCUUCAGAAGACUGUACUGUUAAGAUUUGGCAGAUUCCUGAUGGUGGUCUUACAGCACCCAUGUCUGAAGCUGUUGUGACUCUUGAGGGUCACAGUAAAAGAGUUGGGAUCUUAGCCUGGCACCCCUCUGCUCUUAAUAUCCUGUUGACUGCAGGAUGCGAUAAUGUCCUUUGUGUGUGGGAUGUGGGCACCGGUGAACUGGUGUACCAGCUGAGUGAUGCCCAUCCAGACCUCAUAUACAGCGUAAGCUGGAACCGUGAGGGCAGUGUCCUGUGCACCACCUGUAAAGACAAAGCCUUACGUGUCAUUGACCCCCGUCGUGGAACUGUAUUGAAGGUGCGGGAAAAGGUUCACGAGGGCACCAGGCCGAUGAGAGCUGUGUUUCUGGCGGACGGCAAAAUUCUUACAACUGGCUUUAGUCGUAUGAGUGAGAGACAGCUCGCCCUCUGGGAUACAAAAGACCUCUCUGAGCCAAUGGUUACUCAGGAGAUGGACACAAGUAACGGAGUUCUUCUUCCAUUCUAUGACCCAGACACCAACAUGGUUUACUUGUGUGGCAAGGGGGACUGCACCAUUCGUUACUUUGAGGUGACAGAUGAGUCACCGUAUGUUCAUUUCCUGAGUCUGUACAGCAGUAAGGAGCCACAAAGAGGUGCUGGUUUCCUCAGCAAACGAGGGGUAGAUGUCAACAAGUGUGAAAUAGCAAGGUUCUAUAAGCUGCAUGAGCGGAAAGUUGAGCCCAUAUCCAUGACUGUGCCUCGAAAGUCUGACCUGUUUCAAGGGGAUCUGUACCCAGAUACAGCGGGAUUAGAACCUGCUCUACUGGCAGAAGAUUGGAUAGCUGGUCAGGAUGCUCCACCAAGCCUUGUCUCUCUCAGCGGCGGUUACACAGCCCCACCAUCCAAGUGUGGUACCCUUCGGGGUCGACCUAAACUGCUCUCUCAGACUGACACCAGUCCGGGCAGCGCUGCGACGGUUGAGAUGGAGAGCGAGGGGUCAAGCUAUGGACGAGGAGGGAGGGCCUUAGAUGGUGGGAUAGAGAGAGUUAAGAAAGAGGAGGACCAACUUGCAGAUAUUUUAACAGAGGUGCGGGCUCUGCGCACUCUCGUGCUGGCUCAGGGUCACAGGAUUGACGUGCUGGAAAGACAGCUUGGCCGCAUUGAGGAUGGAGAAGUGUGAAUGAAACUCCCUACGCAUAGCCUUAUUCCGAUUCAAAAGCUUUAGUGAAGGAUUAUGGGAAAUGUAGUAACAUUACUGUAGCAUAGUGAUACAAAGAAGUGAUUCAAACAUUAUUGGGAACACAUUGUUGUUAAAUGCACUGACAUUUGAAAUUAUAAAUGCUGCUCCUUUUGUGCUUUUAAUAUGGCUGUAAGAAUAGGUGAGGUACUGACAUUGGUUGUUUUUGGUCGGGUCAGCAUUUGCAUAACCAUGCAAAAUAAUGAAAAGCAACUUUGCUGCUCUCCUGUAACAUGCACUAAGACAGCAUUUAUGUAUGCAUCUCCUGAUUGAAAAUAGAUAAAUGUAUUAAUCCAACAUGCUGAAUUAAUUAGCUUUUCAGGUUAAAGUUUUAAAGUUUGAAGGUGCUUAUCAACACACGUCGACCACCACUGUUCUUGGAUUUAGCUGCCUUAAACGGCUCCUCUCUUCCAUUUGAUGUCUUAACAAAUGUAGCAUUGAUUUUGGCUGUUGUUAGAGUUUCACGUGUGGACCUGUGUGUAGCAUGAGUUGAAAUACUUUGUGUUAAGAAGAUCAAUAAUAAUAAUAAUAAUAAUAGCUCUCUGAGCAACAGAGGAAGCUCUCAAUAUCUAAAAUACUACUUUCACACAUUAGAUCUUGAAAAAUAAGAAAUAUUAAUUUGGAUACAGAAAGCAGACACAGCAGUCCUAAAAUGAUUGUAGUGCAUUUUUAAUAGUACAUUGGAGUGCAAAUACUUUAGAGUUUAUUUGGACAAACAGUUAGUGCCACCCUAAAUUUAAAACAUUGGUAGUGCCAGGGUUAGUAAGGAUACUAAAACCAACAGCAAUUUUUUUAAGUGUUACACAUUUAGUUUGGCAAAUCAACCUAUAUGUUUUUUAUUUAGUACUAAGUAGCAAAUAUAUUUUACCAGAGACAAAACUUGACACUUCAGCUCUCAUAACAAUGUCACAAUGCAAAAUAACGAUUGGAUGCAAUCAUUAUUGGAUGUGAUAAUUGGCCUUAUAUUAGUCUAAAUCAGUGGCCCCCAUCUCACAAUUUCUACCAAGUAAAAUAUAAUGGAGACUAGGCAGAUGUAUAUUUGUUACAAAAAUGACCAAACAAUUAGAAACAUUAUGAUAUUUGUUUGUUUUAGCUUAUUUAAUGCUUUUUUGUUUUAUUUGGAAUCAUUUUAGGUCAUCUUAAAAGCCCCCUUGGAAAUUUGUUGAGGCGCCACGUGGGCCCCAGCGCCCUGGUUGAGAAACACUUGUCUAAAUACUAUGUACUUGCAUAAGAAAAGAAAUACGAUGUGCGUAUAAUAUACAUGCGUGUUAAUAAAUUGUACUUGCAUUUAAAGUAUCUGCAUGAAAUUUCACUCUUGGCACUAAGCUUACUCAGAACACAUAUGCGCACAUUAAGUAAAAUGCUUUUUCCUAUGCAAGUACACAGUAAAGGUAUAUUAUACCUAAUAUAAUGUGGGACCAAAUGCUUUAUUUUCUUUAUGCAAAAUAGUUUUUUUAUUUCAGGGUGAAAUAAUUUUCGAAUAUGCUCUUGGCAGGUUUCAUUUUUUACUCCUUAUCUUCAUUGAUAAACAACUGUGCUUCGUUACUAUUGAAUGAAUAGUUAAAUUAUGUGUUGUUAAUAGGUCUAAAUUUUGUAUUUGUAAUCAUGGGCACUACAAUCAGGGAUGAAAGUUCAGGGACAACUCAUCCUCCUGAAUGAUGAAUGAUUUUGUUUGUCUAGCUUUUUACUCGCCGUAUGUUGUAAAUUAUUUAAUCACUCAUAUACUUCAAAUGUAACUUAAUUUGUUCUUUCUAAAUAAAGACAAUUCAUUCA